AUGGUAGAGCUACCGCUCGCCGUCGACGGCCUCUCCAGCCAAGCUGCCGCUGGCAUCCUUCGAUCUCUCGGGACAGGUCAAUUUUGCGACUUCGAGUUUAUCUGCGGGGAGCUGAGAAUACCCGUCCACAGGGCUGUCGUCUGCUCUCAGUCACCCGUCUUCGCCGCCGCGUGCCUUGGGAGGAAGCCACAAGCAGCGAAUUCAAACUCCCUUCAGAUUCCCGACACCGACCCCCAGACAGUCAGGCUCAUGGUUCAAUAUCUGUACACUGGCAAACACGCCUUCUCUCUCCAAGUUCUUGGCUCUCUGCACGACACCUCCAUUGCAACCUGCGAAACCCGAGUAAUCGACGACCCCGGCUAUACGCGCAUGAAAAACGCAUACGUCACCGUCUUGACAGCGCACAUCAAACUCGUCGCCCUCGCAGAAACAUAUCACAUACAUCAGCUCGUCGAGCAAGUAGUCGGCGAGUUUCGUGCCCUGAUAUCCCGGCCAGAGUGCGGAUACUGCUUCGUUGCAAUCAUAGAAGUCAUACCGCGUGUGUAUGAGCUAGAGAAUGCGUCUGGAAACAUACUUCGGCGGGAGUGCAUCGCCGCAAUCGUCGCCAGCUUCGGCCCAUGGCUGACCGCGCAUGGCUACCACCGUAAAGCCCUCGACAAUGUACUCGCUGCAGUCCCGCAAUUUCAAAAGGAGCUUCUCGAGGGAUUUAUUGUCGGGAAGUACCAAAUAGGCCAAAAAGAAGACUCUGUCCCGGAAUCCGAAUCGAGGGACCAAUAG